AUGUUCUCCAUGUUUUCUUUACCAACUCCCUUGUCCUUUUCACUUGCAACCUUCACACUUUCAUUUUCUAGGUUCCCCUGUAGAAUGAUUUCUAAUGCUCCUGCUACUACUGUUAUGUCUUCUUCAAACUGCUUUGGAGAAUCUCCAAUCUCUUUGCUUGAGAGGUGCAAGUCCAUGUACCAGCUAAAGCAAAUUCACUCCCAUACCAUCAAAAUGGGUCUCGCUUCAGACCCUUUAUUUCAAAAUAGAGUUGUAGCCUUUUGUUGUGCCCAUCAAUCAGGGAAUAUGGACUAUGCCCGUCUGGUGUUUGACACAAUCCCGCACCCAGCUGUGUUCAUUUGGAAUACCAUGAUCAAGGGGUAUUCUAGAAUCAACCGUCCUGAUAUGGGAGUUUCGGUGUAUGUAUUAAUGCUGGCUAAUAGCAUCAAGCCUGAUCGUUUUACAUUUCCGUUCUUGUUGAAGGGAUUUACCUGUGACAUGGCUUUGCAGCACGGGAAAGUCUUACUUAACCAUGCAGUGAAGCAUGGAUUUCAUUCUAAUUUGUUUGUUCGAAAGGCUGUCAUACAUAUGUUUUCCUUGUGUGGGCUUGUGGAUUUGGCUUGCAAGGUUUUUUGUAUGGGCGAUGCAUGGGAAGUAGUUACCUGGAAUAUAAUGCUAUCCGGGUAUAACAGAGUUAAGCAAUUUAAGAAAUCAAAGAAACUUUUUAUUGAGAUGGAGAAGAGAGGAGUGUCUCCAAAUUCAGUUACACUAGUAUUGAUGCUUUCUGCAUUCUCCAAAUCGAAGGAUUUAGAUGGGGGCAAGCACAUUUUUAAGUAUAUUGAGGACGGUACUAUUGAACCUAAUCUCAUAUUGGAAAAUGCGUUGAUUGAUAUGUUUGCAUCCUGUGGAGAAAUGGAUGCUGCGCAAGGUGUUUUUCACAAUAUGAAAACUCGAGAUGUUAUUUCUUGGACUUCCAUUGUUACUGGGUUUGCCAAUGUCGGUCAAAUUGAUUUAGCUCGGAAGUAUUUUGAUCAAAUGCCUGAGAGAGAUUACGUUUCCUGGACUGCUAUGAUUGAUGGCUACCUUAGGAUGAACCGUUUCAUAGAGGCUUUGGCACUCUUCCGUGAGAUGCAAAUAUCAAAUGUGAAACCUGACGAGUUCACCAUGGUUAGCAUUCUAACAGCUUGUGCGCAUCUGGGGGCACUUGAGCUAGGGGAAUGGGUAAAGACAUACAUUGACAAAAACAGUAUUAAAAAUGAUACUUUUGUCGGGAAUGCUCUAAUCGACAUGUACUUUAAAUGUGGGAAUGUUGGAAAAGCCAAAACAGUAUUUAAGGAAAUGCAUCAGAAAGACAAAUUUACAUGGACAGCAAUGAUAGUUGGCCUUGCCAAUAAUGGCCAUGGUGAAGAAGCUCUUGCCAUGUUUUCAAGUAUGAUAGAGGCUUCAGUUACACCAGAUGAGAUAACCUAUAUUGGUGUACUCUGUGCAUGCACACAUGCAGGCAUCGUAGAUAAAGGAAAAAGUUUUUUCGCUGCCAUGACCAUGCAACAUGGAAUUAAACCUAAUGUGACACAUUAUGGAUGCAUGGUUGAUCUCCUUGGUCGCGCUGGGCAUUUAGAAGAAGCCAUUCAAGUCAUAGUGAAUAUGCCUGUAAAACCAAAUUCAAUUGUUUGGGGAUCACUUCUUGGCGCUUGCAGAGUCUAUAAAAAUGUGCAGCUAGCAGAAAUGGCAGCUAAACAAAUUCUUGAGUUAGAGCCUGAAAAUGGGUCUGUUUAUGUCCUGUUAUGUAAUAUAUAUGCUGCCUGCAAGCGAUGGGAAAAAUUGCGUCAGGUCAGGAACAUGAUGAUGGAGAGGGGAAUUAAGAAAACACCAGGUUGCAGUUUGAUGGAGUUGAAUGGCAAUGUUUAUGAAUUUGUUGCUGGGGACCAGUCACAUCCUCAAUCUAAAGAUAUAUAUGCGAAGUUAGAAAACAUGAUGCAAGACUUAAUAAAAGCAGGGUACUCACCUGAUACAUCAGAGGUUUUCCUUGAUCUAGGGGAAGAAGAUAAGGAGACGUCACUUUACCGGCACAGUGAGAAGUUGGCUAUUGCCUAUGCCCUUAUUAGUUCAGGGCCUGGAGUUACUAUAAGAAUAGUAAAGAACCUUAGAAUGUGUGUGGAUUGUCACCAUAUGGCAAAGCUGGUGUCAGAAGCUUACAACAGGGAACUAAUAAUUAGGGAUAAAACCAGAUUCCAUCAUUUUAGGCACGGUUCGUGUUCAUGUAAAAAUUUCUGGUAA